ACGCGUGGCGUCCGUGCCCCCGUUAAAAACUAACACGAAAGUGCAAAACAGCUUCCCUUCGAAAGUAAAUGUUAUAUAAAAGUAUUCUUGUCUGCAUAACAUUCGGUCACGCAUUGUACGCACCACAUUCGAAGCUCGCAGCCGACGCCUAAAAAGGCGAAGCAAAAUACCGGGAAUUUUUUGAUAAUUAUAUUAUUGUGCUGGCAUAAGUCAAUAUAAUUUCAAUAUGGAUACAUCUGGAGAACUCGGAGUCCUAAAGAAGAUGGUGCAUUCUGUGUUGGUGUCGUCACCCGAGAGAAUGACGCUCCAGAAACUAUCUCGCGACUACAAGCAGAUGGUGGGCUCAGAAGUGCCGCAUCGGCAGUUCGGCUACAGAGACGUCGAAACUUUUCUCCGCUCCAUGCCAGACGUCAUUAAGGUGAUCGGAUCUGGGCCUAUGGCUAUUGUCCAGCCACUGUCAACUGCCAAAUCCGCACACAUCCAGAAUUUCGUCAACAAUCAGAAGAAGAUAUCCAAAAAGUCCAGAAUUCAUGCUGCACAGAAGCCAUCAGAUUUGGUCUUUAUCAACGAGAAGAAGGCCUUGUCUGGGCAGGUGUACAAUCUGGUCAAUAAUUUUCAGCCGCAUAUGCGCCCUAACUCCCAGCAGGCUCGCGUGAAGAACGCCCAAACCACACAUCCAAUCGAUCCGAUCUAUAGCGCCCAGAUGAGAAUAAUGUUUGACAUGCAUAAAUAUUUGUACAAAAACAGCAAUCAAAAUCAAGUUCAGCUUCCACACCCAAGAUGCAAUUCGUCUGAUAAUGAUCCAAGUGGCCAGCCGAAGAAAAAGGAGAAAAAUGUGUCAGUUGCGAAGCAAAUGCCCAUCGAACCCUAUAGAUCCGACGAUCGUGAGGUCCUACCCAAUUUCGACCAGCUGAAAGUGGAUGUGUCCUUCGGCGAUGAUUGCAACGAGAGUGAUGCCUUUCCGGAAUAUGCUGUCGAUCAACGUGUUCUCAGCUUCGACUAUCCUCGCGACGCGGUUCGCUCCGAUUACAAGCUGCCUCGUCGCGUCUUGGAAAAAACUCUCAAAGUGGAUGAGCGGUACUUCCUGCAGCUUGUGGAGGUGACCAAUCCGCAUAGCUUUCACUUUUGGAUAUACGACGACUACGACCUAUAUGAUAACUUUUCACACAACAUGCAGGAAGCCUACAAAAAUUUGGAUUCGGCGACGUUCACGAUGCCGCAGUGCCUGAUGACGCCCGGCCAUCUGUGUGUCGUCUGCCCCAUUAAUUCAUCGGAGUGGGAGCGAGCCAAAGUCGUCAGUCACCGGAAGAACAAUCUACGAAAGACUAUUAAGGUGGAGCUCAUCGAUACGGGUGUCAUCGAUACCGUCUACGUUAAAGACGUGAAGUUUUUAAUGAAAGAAUUCGCCAAGUUGCCGCCGCAAGGAAUGCAGGGCCGCCUGGCUUACGUGGCUCCGAUGAGCAGUCGAAACUGGUCAUCGAAGGCUGUCAACGCAUUCAAAAAUCAAGUGAACAACCGCAGACUCUUCGGAAAAGUGGAAGCUAUCAAACACAACAUCGCGCAUAUGGUGCUCGUCGGUACGGAUAAUGUAAACUUGAACCGUUCGCUGAUUGACUCCGGCUUGGUGCGUCGCUGGUUCUAGACCUAGCAGACAGUUCUUUUGAUCAUAUUAAUAUCAACAUUCAUAUCCUUAUACAUUCAACUUAUCAAUCUUC